AUGUCCAGUGUGAAUAACACCGAGUCCGCCUCUCAUCGAUUCUGUCGCAUCUUUAACAAGCACGCCAGCAAAGCUUCAAUGAACGGAGUCAUCUUCAUUGUGAAGUCUCAUCAUCCCCUGGCCAGUUUAUUUUCAAACUUUUUCCUCUACCAAAUCUACUCGAAAGUCAACCUGAGGUUUGAUAACCUUCCUUUUCCUGCUGUGACAGUAUGCAGUGUAAACAUGAUGAGGUUCUCUAAGCGAAUGGAGGCGUCAGAGAAGAUUCAGAACCUUUUUGUCAGGGGUGACAACGUCAUCAGGCCCGUGGGACGGGCAGCAAACGUCACGUGUUACAACACUGGGACCAAUGACAGCGAGACACAGAUGUUCUGCAGUAAAAACAAUGUAGGCAAGUUAAUGGCCGAACCAAACUUUUGGGAUAAUGGACUCUUACAAUGGGCGAAGGACAGAGAUGCGGCUCUAUGCCAGUCUAUCCCUAGGGCCUCUGUCAAAUUUUUCCUUUCUCUACAGUCUAUCCAUAAGGCCUCUGUCAAAACUUUCCACUCCCCCAUUGUCUACUGCGAUUCUUUUCAAAAUCUGCGCGAGGAGCUCGGUCAUCAGCUGACAGAUUUUAUUAGAAUGUGUUCCUUUAAUGAGAGGUCCUGUGGAUACAGUUUCUUCCAGACGGUCGUUACCCCAGAGCACGGCAACUGUUUCACCCUCCAUAACCCUGACUUUGUUGCCAUCAGGAGUGGACAAAACACAGGCGUAGAGCUGAUCUUAAACUUAGAGACUGAAGAAUAUGUCAAGGCCGUUACCUCAGCCAAAGGUGCCAGGGUUAUCAUUCAUGAACCUGUUAACACAAAUCACCCGUACUCAAAUCCCACCACACCCCUCCCACCCUCCCAGUACUGCCAACACCAAUGCCAGGGGGAUCGGAUCAAGGCAAAAUGCAAGUGUUUCGACUACCAGCUGUACCUGAACGAUGUGACAGACGACAACAGCAGCACAAAGUUGACUCAGUGUACAUCACAAGAAGAGCAACGGUGCUUGUAUGAGGUUCGGUGCCAGCUUGAGAAAGAUAAAAGAGCUUGUGACUGUAAAAGUCCGUGCAGAGAAGUCCGGUACCAGAAAACUAUUGCCCACCUUCAGUGGCCAGAGACCGGCUACCUGGAAUACAUUCGAAAAGAUUUAUGUGAGUCUAGAAACCCUCCAAAGAUUUGUAGUCGAAAACACUUAACAUUGUCUGAUUUUGGACAGCAACUAAUCAAAGUGAGCAUCUUCUUUGAAGAUCUCCACUACGAAGAGCUCACCGAUCAGCCUAACUAUGAGUUCACAAAUCUGCUGUCGGGUAUUGGAGGAUCCAUUGGAUUGUGGAUCGGUCUGUCUGUUCUCAGUCUGUUUGAGAUCGUUCAUCUGAUUCUUGAAGUUUUUCGCUACGUCGUGUGUCGAAAAUGGAGACAAAAUUAA